UGGAAAUCGCCGUGAGAUUAGUCACCAAAACAUUGUCAAAAGAACAAGGAGGAAACGACCAAACUUACAUCGAUAAAUGAUAAAAAGUGAACAAGUGAGAAUUGACGUGAGCUCUCUAAGAUUUAACGAAAUGAAGAUCGGUUUGCUGUUCAUCUUGGCCCUAGUUCUGGACGGAGCGCGACUAAACCAGGCUCUCGAAGAUACCGAAGCUGAUGAAGAUGGACUUACUCUGGAGGAGUUCUUUGAGAUGACUGAGUUCGAAGAUGACCAUCACCAGACUCAGAAGUCAGAAGAUUCGCCGCAGAUCGCCACACCCUCCACCAGUUCGGCAACCAUGGCUUUGAAGCAUGAAGGAGCCGUCAAGACCCUGGCCCAAGCCAACGAUGCCUUCAAGGCCAAGUUGUACCCGUUGCUGGUCCAGACGGCGGGUCAGGACCAGAAUAUGGUCAUGAGCGGCUUCAGUGCCUCGGCUGUGUUGGCUAUGGCUUUCAUGGGAGCCACGGGUCAGACGGCCAGCCAGUUGCAGACGGGCUUGGCCUUGCCUGAAGACCAGGAGCCCCUUCGAGCUGGAUUCGAGGAGCUCUUUGAGGUCUUGAAAUCGAAUGAAAACUUCACCAUGGAAGCGGCCAAUCGCUUGUAUGUCCACCAGAACUAUGAGCUCCUGGGGGACUUCCUCAAGGCCACUCUGGCUCAUUUUAAGGCCGAGACGGAGAACGUGGACUUCAGCCAGGAGGCCAAAGCCCGUCAAACCAUCAAUGAUUGGGUGUCCGAGCGGACUCACGAUAAAAUCAAGGACCUUAUUCCCGAAGGCGUCCUCAGCGAUCUGACCCGUUUGGUGUUGGUCAAUGCCGUCUAUUUCAAGGGAUUGUGGGCCAACAAGUUCGAUGCCAAGCAUACCAGCGAGGGCGACUUCCAGCUCCUCAACGGCGAGACGGUCAAGGUGCCGAUGAUGAAGAUCUCGGAAAAGUUCCGUGCCAUCAUGAACAAGGAUUUGAACGCCACCAUUUUAGAGAUGCCCUACAAGGGCGAUCGAUUGGCCAUGCUCAUUUUCCUGCCCCGCAAGGCCGACGGAUUCCAAGCCCUAGAAGAGAAGUUCCCCUCGCUCGACUUGACCCAACUCAACUUAUCCCAACCCAACAAGUUCGACGUGGCUUUGCCCAAGUUCAAGUUCGAGAGCACCCACGAUCUGGUCUCACCCUUGAAGGCCAUGGGGAUCCAAGACAUGUUCGACAAGAGCCAGGCCGAUUUUUCCGGGAUCUCGGCCCAGAAGGAUCUGUACGUGUCGGCUGUCAUGCAAAAGGCAUUUAUUGAGGUCAACGAAGAGGGCACGGAGGCGGCUGCCGCCACGUCGGCCAUCAUGAUGACCCGAGCCAUGAUCAUGACCCCUCGAUUUGUCUGUGAUCGUCCAUUCUUGUUCGCCAUUCGCGAUAACCUAACCGGGAUGACCCUGUUCUCGGGUCGAGUCAUGGACCCGUCCAAGUGAGGCAGGAAGAAGCUCUUUGAAGGAAGCUCUUUGUAUUAUGUCUGUAUGAAACCCACCCAGAGUGUGCUUAACCUGCGCGUGUACCUACUACGCCUUACUUAAAUUGAAAUCCAAAUGUGUGGAAAUUUGAAUAACAUCACUACUUCCUCUCAUGGUGGUGAGGAUAUGAGUCAAA